AGGAGCUGCUCACAAGGAGAGCGGAGAGAAAGAGCUAGAGACAGAGCAGAUGCAUUGGCAGGAGUAGAGCUGAGGCUUUUUUUCCCCUCCUUCCUGUCUCUCUUUGUGUGUGUGUGUGUGUGUGUGUGUGUGUGUGUGUGUGUGUGUGUGUGUGUGUGUGUCGGCACAGAUAAAAAGAAAAUGUGAUGAAGGUGGGCAAGGACCACCACCGCCUCACAGCAAGCUGCUCAUUCCCCAGCCUGAUUGCCCGAGCCGUAUCCAGCGUGGAUGUGGUUGUGCGGCAGGCUAACGGCGCGUAAGCAGGGGGGCUCCAUGGCUCUGUGGCAGUGAGAAGAGGAGGAAAGAAGGAGGAAAAAAAGGAGGAGGGGCUGUGGUGAGCUGGUGGGCUUCCUCUGCCUCACAGACACAUUUUAUUGACUUGCUAAUUGGAUGAGGCACUCGGAGGAGAGGAUGCAGUGACCGAGAGGAGCUGCUCUCCAGAGGAGGCAUACAUGCAGAAGAAAGCAUUGCUUGGGUUGUGGAAAUCGGGCGACUUUAUCCCUCUUUUUUUUUUUUUUUUUUUUUUUUUUUUUUUUUUUUUUAGCUUUUCUCGAGACAUAACAACAGAUGUUUUUUCAGCAUCUCUCAGUGACCCUCGCACUGUGCAUACAUAAUUUUAUGCAUGACAUUGUCGAUCGGAGGCUCCAGCUGCCAGACGCUUCGUGACAAGUGAAUGAUUUCCAUUUUGUUGUUCCCCUUUCACCUGUUUUCAUCUUCAGUUGGAGCUCUUUUCUGUCAGCCUUGUUUGAUGUGCCAUUUGAUAUGAAUGGUAAUCCGGCGGCAGGAUGAUUUCUUCGUCAGAUCAAAUGUGCACGAAGCCGUGAAUGGAUACUCUUCAGUGGGGAGAGAAAAAAAAGAAGUCUCAUCCUGGUUGCCAUGACCGAGGUGUGCAGGUCUUUUGAGGUCAGAGAGCAGGUGUCACUGCACUGAGGUCUGCUGUCCCAAUGAGCAAAGCGGCCAACCCACAGAGACGCACCACCUACCUCAUAUCCCUCACUCUGGUGAAGGUUGAGGCUUUGCCAGAGGAUGUAGCAGGAAGCCAGACGGAGGCUCUUCCAGAGGGGGAAGGGAGCCCUAAGAAGGAGGAAGAGGAGGAGAAGGAGGAGCUGAACAUUACUCCUGACAGGGAGGAAGAACCUGUGUGUUUGGAAGUGGCAGAAAAAGAAAACACAGAAGUAAAAGAGGAAGUGGAACAGGUGCGGGUCAAGUAUGGCAGCCCUAGUGAGAACAGAGGGAAGCCUGAGAGGAGGGAUGGACACCAAAAAGACACUGUAUCGGUUGGUAAGAGCAAAGACGCUUCUUUUGAACACCCACCUGUCAAGCAAAUGGUUAAAGUAUACGGAGGAACUACCACAGAGGGAACUGCGCGCAGAGAGGGACCUCGCUCAGAUGCCUUGCGCCCUAAGACUGAGCUCUACCGGGAGCCCCCCAUGCUCUUCUUAAAGGGUGAAAAUGGAGCGGACUUGAGCGGUCGUUCACGUUGCAGCCUCCCCUUUUCUGUCCCAUCACAGGUCAGCCCACGUCCUGAAGUCUUGAUGAGAUCCCACGCAGGAGGUAACUCUGCAUGGAGGGAGUUCAGAGAGACCAACACAACAACCUUGUAUCACUCUGCAAAGACUUUGGACAGAAGGGAUAACCGCUUUGGGGACCAGUCCCCCUUAACAGCAGCUACAACCAUGGGGCCUUAUAGGGCGUCCUGGGCCGACAGCGAUGGCAGGGGGGCGCUCAUCCGUCCCGGAGCUCCCGUCAGUGGAGGAUAUUCAGGCAUAAUGACCCGGGACAGCCCUCAGGGGGAGAGAUUUAAGACAGUUUCCGUUUCCUUAUCCGCUACCGACAUGUCCAGGGCUCAGAGAAAGCCCACAAGUCGUACCCUGGACAACAGCGACCUACAUUGCCUCUCCGAGGACCUGAAGAAGGGAAAGGAGGGACAGGGAGGAACAAUCCACCGUGCUCCUCCUCCUCCCCCUCGUGAUCGUAAGAUGCUCAAGUUCAUUAGUGGGAUUUUUACCAAAAGUGCAGGCGUGCCAGCCGGCGUCAACACUCCACCUCCGCUGUAUCCACCUGUGGAGAGAGGUUCGAGUGAGGAGGAAGUUGUAUGCACCAGCAGUCAAGAAUGGACGAUGAGCCAAACUGUGCAAGAGCUACAUCUGGGUGUUUUGGGUGGUCUGUGCAGUGGGAAGUCUGCUCUGGUCCACAGACAUUUAACUGGAAGUUACCUCCCACUGGAGAACUCAGAAGGACGUCAGUAUAUUAAGGAUGUGCUAGUUGAUGGUCAGAGCCAUCUGCUGAUAAUCAGAGAAGAGACAGAACUCCCGGAUCCUCAGUUUGCAAGUUGGGUGGACGCAGUAAUCUUGGUCUUCAGUUUGGAAAAUGAGGCCAGCUUCCAGGAAGUUUACAAAAUCUAUCACCAGCUUGCAAUCCAUCGGCCCGUAACUGAGAUCGCUUUCAUAGUCGUCGGCACUCAGGAUAAGAUCAGCAGCACCAACCCCAGAGUGAUAGAUGAUGCCAGGGCCAGACAGCUCUGCUCAGAUGUGCGGCGCUGCACUUACUAUGAAACCUGUGCGACGUACGGCCUCAAUGUGAACAGAGUCUUCACGGAUGCUGCUCAGAAGAUCAUGGCAGCUAAGAAACAAGCUGCCCUACUGGCUUCUUGUAAAUCUCUUCCCAAUUCUCCCAGCCACUCUGGAGGCUCCACCCCAGUCUCCGGUGUCUUUCCAGGACAGGCGAGUAACGGUGGGCAGAGCAGCGACUACUCGUCCUCACUUCCCUCCACUCCUGUGAUCAGUCACAAAGAGAUUGGCAGAACACUGAGAGGGGAGAAGCAGGACGGUACUACACCUGUCUUGGUCCGUAGCGUCCGAAGACGCACCACGAGAUUUGCGGGCCGGAGAGGCAGCGACUCAAACAGAAGGAGCGCAGACUUUAAGGGCGAUCUGGGCAGCGGGCGCUCCAUUCCCAUCAAACAGGGCAUCUUGCUGAAGCGCAGUGGGAACUCGCUCAACAAAGAGUGGAAGAAGAAGUAUGUGACAUUGUCCAAUGAUGGCAUACUGUCCUAUCACUCCAGUGUCAAUGACUACAUGCUGAAUGCCCCCGGGAAAGAGAUGGACCUGCUGCGAGUGACAGUGAAGGUGCCGGGAAAGCGGCCGCCUCGCGCCAUCCCUGCCUGCGCCCCCCCAGCUGGGCUUAACGGACGGGUCAAAGACGUUCAAGGAACUGAGGUCCCAAUGAGUGCAAGCAGUCUCCUGCAAGUUGAGGAGAUGGAGGGGCUGGGUGGUGCCCUGUUCCUGAGGGGUAACAGAGGUGUGCAGCGAUGUCCUUCCACACUAUCUAACCACGCUCAAAGCAUUGACUCUGCAGUUGAGGGCGUCUCGAGCUCUUCCUCUACCAAAGACGUAGGUUCUGCCUCCCCUGUCACGGACAGAAAAAAGCAUCGCAGAAAGAAGAGCAUGAAUCAGAAAGGAGAUGCCACCGCCGGCCAAGCAGAUGCUAAGCGCAAAAUGUGGAAACUCAAAAGCUUUGGUAGCUUAAGAAACGUAAGCAAGACAGACGAGGAUAACUUUGACUUCCUCGUUGUGUCGAGCACUGGUCAGACGUGGCAUUUUGAAGCACAAAGUGUGGAAGAGAGGGACUCCUGGGUCCAAGCCAUCGAGAACCAGAUCCUGGCCAGCCUGCAGCUGUGUGAAAGCAGCAAAAACAAGGCUCGAAGGAACAGCCAGAGUGAUGCAGUGGCUCUGCAGGCGAUACGCAAUGCAAAGGGCAACAACUUCUGUGUGGACUGUGACGCUCCCAAUCCAACAUGGGCCAGUCUGAAUCUGGGCGCUCUCAUAUGCAUCGAGUGUUCCGGCAUCCACAGAAACCUGGGGACUCACCUGUCACGGGUUCGCUCUCUGGCGCUGGAUGAUUUGCCACGAGAGCUGACGCUGGUUCUCAGUGCUAUCGGCAACCACAUGGUCAACAGUAUAUGGGAGGCACGCACAAUGGGCCACCGUAAACCAGCACCCGAUGCUACACGAGAGGAGCGGGAAUCGUGGAUAAGAGCCAAAUACGAGCAGAAACUGUUUGUGGCGCCGUUGCCUCCUCCUACGAGCGAGGGCCCAGACAUCACUCUAUCUGGCCGUCUUCUGUUGGCAGUGAUGGAGCACAAUCUCCCCAAGCUGCUGCUACUUUUGGCCCACUGCACUAAGGAGGACAUUAAUGCCCCUCUCAGCCUGGCACGCUCCUCCCGGUCGCUCUUAGCUCUGCGGCUGCCCGCUUCCCCCCUGCACGCUGCCUGUCAGCAGGCUGAUGUGGUGAUGACGCAGCUUCUAAUUUGGUAUGGCUGCGAUGUUCGGUAUCGGGAUGCUCAAGGCCAGACAGCGUUGGCUCUGGCUCACAGCGCUGGCAGCCAAGAGUGUGUCGACAUCUUGCUCCAGCACGGAUGCCCGAAUGAGCCGCCCCCAUCCGUCGCCGCGACAGUCGGUUUCGCAGCGGCAGCCACAUCCAGCUUCCCUGUUGCCAUGACACCAAGCCUGACGGUUGCCACGACACUCAAGAUCUCGCACAAGAGCGGCGGCACAAGCUUGAGUUACAGCACCUCCAGAAGAGCAGUGUCAUAACCGAAAUGUGGUGUGGCAUAAAGCCUGUGCGUCAGAGUGUGUUAGAGUAUAUGUUUGUGUGUGUGAGUUUGUCACUUUACCCUCAUAGUGUCAUUGCGCGUCCACACAGGCCAGCGGGACUGAUGGACAUGUUGCCAGAUGUUGCACUCGUAGAGCCAGAUGAGGUUCUAAAAGGUGUCUGUGUGUGUAUCAGGAGUGUAAACUGUGAAUCACACAGCCACAUGCAAUCUGCUUGAACGAUUUAACCAAAAAAAAAAAAGGCAAAGUCUUCUCAUUACGCUUUACAAGUGACGGUAAGGUAAAAGGAAUACGACAUCCUCUGCCUCUGCAUUCAGGUUUAAAGGAAUGUAUUUAUCCUGUAUGGAGGACUGAAAGUGCCAAAAUAAAAAAUAAGCGCAUAAAUGACAAAAUGUAUAUAGAUGAAAUACAAUUAAAAUUAUAUUAAAAUUAAUAUAAGCAAAGGUUAAUUUAUAAAAUGUGACAGGCUGAUAUAGCAUCUUCAGUUCUUCAAUGAUCUCCCUAGGCAGUUUUUUCUGUUGUCAGACUGGCAUUUAUUAACCAAUUGACAAAAAGCUGAUCCCACUUUAACUGUUGCAAUUGUAGAAAUAAAUAUAAAAGAAGGGAAAUAUACAGAAAUAAAUAGAAGGGGGAUUAGGUUGCAAAGGGAAAAAAUGUAAAAUAAAUAAAAUUUAAAUUUAUUUAUUUAAAUGUAUUAUUACUUUUUUUUUUAUUUUGGCACUUAUAGUCCUCCAUAGUUUAUAUCAGAUUGUAUGAUUCACGUUUCAGAAUGCAGUCAGUGUUCAACUUUAUUCUCCACUCCAUUAAAAAUGGCCUCAAAGAAGCUUAUCAGAGUAUCUCCAGGCCAGACGUAAAGAGCUGCAAUAAAUUUUAAGAUUUGAGGGGCAUCUUGAAUUUCUAUAGCGUUAAAGAUCGCAACAGUUUUUCAUUUGGACUGUGAAUGUGUGUUUAUGCUUAACACAGCUGCUAAUUCAGCUCAUAAACGAUGUGUAAGCCGACAUGAAAAGGGGAGGGCUGUUUUAGAGAUAAACAGAGUACGUGUAUAGAAAAGCAUUGAUAAAAUACUAUGAUUCUAAAAAAAAAAAAAAAGCCUAAUUUUCCAGAGUGUUAUUGUAUGAUUUGUACAGUUGGUUAUGUGUAUAAAAAUCCAAGGGUUACUCUGUUCAGAGAUUUACUGUACAGCGCCCCGGCCCAGUUAUUCUUUGAUAACCGCCUGAUUAACUCUUUGACAUCCAAAACGGGAGGUUUUUAUGUUACGUUUGUAUCGGUGUGUCUGACAUAAAUAAUGUAUAGGAUGUAUGCAUUAUGACUCCAGCAGUAGCUCAUUAUCAAGGCGAGUGUAAAACUAGAUGUGCAAAUGAACAAGUGAAAUGCCUUGAUUUUGGUCGAAUGUAGAGAAAAAAAACAGAUAAGUUAACUGUUUUAAAAUACUAACAUGUUUUUCCAGAUAAUGCAGUUUUUGGUGGACUGUCAGGGUGUUUUGUUUUUUAUUCCUGCUGUGUCUAAUAGAAAGGGAAAGUAGGGUUUGCCAGAUGCAGAUGUAGGCUCUCAUCUACAAAACCUGGAUUUUGAACGAUUCGAUAUUUGUAAACAUGCACCAGAGGAAUGUUCCCCGAUUUAAUAGCUUUUUUUAACGGCAUAAAAACAUCUCUCCUGCGGUACUGUACGUAUAAACUUGUGUUUAUCUGAAGGCUCAGCUGACUAUACAUGUCUGUGAUUUAAACAUCUUCUUCCAUUUGUAUUCCAUUUGUAUUUUUUUACUCAUGCAAUGAUUCACAGAGUAUUCAUUAUUAAUACACUAAGGCUACUGCCCAA